AUGAAGGAAGCUAAUUCAGGGUCACACACGUUUUAUGAAAAGGAUACAAAAGGGAGAUUCAGAUUCCUCUUCAUCUCGUUUGGUCAAAGUGUUUGCGGAGUAUUACUAGUGGCUACUGCAUUAGAUGGAAACUCGAGUUUAUAUCCUAUUGCCUUUGGAGUUGUCGACUCAGAGAAUGACCUCGCGUGGAACUGGUUUAUGAGACAACUUAAUGUGGUCAUUGCUGACGACCAUAGUUUAGCUUUUGUGUCUGAUAGGAAUUCCUUAAUUACUAAAGCUAUUGCGAGAGUGUACCCGCAAGCUCAUCAUGGAAUUUGCAUUCACCACUUGCUGAAUAAUGUUGUAACAUAUUUCAGCGGGAAAGGUGUGGCUGGUUUGAUUGCAAAGGCUUCUAAAGCUUAUCGAGCUGCUGAUUUUUGUAAGGUGUUCACUACUAUUUUCGCUAUUAGUCCUGAAAUUGGAAAUUAUCUCAUAGAUGCCGAUGUGAGGAAGUGGGCUCGUUGUCAGUUUCCGGGUUACAGAUAUGAUAUUAGGACUACUAACCCUGCGGAGUCAAUAAAUGCUGCUUUGCGUACGCCUAGAGAGUUUCCAGUGAUACCUUUGUUGGACAGCAUUAGGGAAAUGAUGACUCGAUGGUUUUUCAAACGUAAAACUUUAAUUUCUAAGCAUUCGAAGCCACUGACCAUUGCUGUGGGGAAGAAGAUUGACAGAAGGAUUGAGAAGGGUAAAACGUUUAAGGUCUUUCCAGUUAGCGUUCAUAGGUUUUUAGUUCAAGGUGACACUUUCGACUGCUCGGUUGACUUGGUCAGACGCACGUGUUCUUGUGGGAAAUUUGAUCUGAUGAAAAUCCCAUGCAGGCACGCCAUAAAAGCAGGCUUCAGUGUUGGAAUAAGACCACACACACUAACAGAUGACAUGUACACUACGUGUGCGUGCUCGGUCGCUACGUAG